AUGCCAGAAGUGAAAGAACCAGUGGAUCAUGUCAGUGCGGACUUAAUGGACUCUUAUCAAUCUUACUCCGGUAAACGUUAUGUUUUAUCUACUGUGGACAAUCUUAGUAGAGCCGUGCAACUUGUAGCUUUGCCAGAUAAGCAGGCUGAGACGGUAGCCAAUGCUUUUGUUCACGAAUACGUCACACUAUUUGGAGCCCCUAAGAUGUUAGUUAUUGAAAAUGCUAAAAGUUUAAUAAUAAGCUGUUCUCUGAAGUUUGCAAGGGCCAUACGUUACCACAUCACGUCCUUUUCAGUGAUCAGACAGAUGAAAUAUAGCACAUUGAAAUGUGGCGAAGAGAUCCGUAGAGUAUAUCAAGAACUAAAAUAUGCCUUGAACUCUGCCGUUCAGAGGUCUGUUAAUGCUGUUCCCUGGUAUCCAUUUACAGGUUAUAAUUGUAACCCUCCAGCUGGUAUAAUAUACAGGAUUACCAAAUACGAUGAAGGUAGAACCUAUGAUACGUUGAGGAAAGUGCAGAAAGCAUGGAAAACUGCUGCUACAUACUCUCAACUAGCUCGAGCAACGGAAGCAAGAUACCAUGAUUAG